AUGCGUGAAAUCGUCCACCUCCAGGCUGGCCAAUGCGGCAACCAAAUCGGAGCCAAGUUCUGGGAGGUGAUCUCCGACGAACACGGCAUCCAGCCUGACGGCCAAUACAAGGGUGAAUCCGACCUGCAGCUCGAGCGUAUCAAUGUCUACUACAAUGAGGCCACCGGUGGCAAAUACGUUCCACGCGCCGUGCUUGUCGAUCUGGAGCCGGGAACGAUGGACUCGGUCCGCUCGGGACCUUACGGGCAAAUCUUCCGCCCGGACAACUUUGUCUUCGGCCAGUCGGGCGCCGGCAACAACUGGGCCAAGGGCCACUACACCGAAGGCGCCGAGCUCGUCGACAACGUCCUCGACGUCGUCCGCAAGGAGGCUGAGGGAUGCGACUGUCUGCAGGGCUUCCAGCUGACCCACUCGCUCGGAGGUGGUACCGGAUCCGGAAUGGGCACGCUGUUGAUUUCCAAGAUCCGUGAGGAAUAUCCUGACCGCAUCAUGUCCUCGUUCUCGGUUGUGCCCUCGCCGAAGGUAUCUGACACGGUCGUAGAGCCCUACAAUGCUACUCUCUCCGUCCACCAGCUUGUCGAGAACACUGACGAGACUUUCUGUAUCGACAACGAGGCUCUUUAUGACAUCUGCUUCCGCACACUCAAGCUUACCAACCCGACAUAUGGAGAUCUCAACCAUUUAGUCUCGAUGACAAUGUCUGGUGUGACGACGUGCCUUCGUUUCCCCGGACAACUGAACGCCGAUCUGCGCAAGCUGGCCGUGAACAUGGUGCCGUUCCCUCGCCUUCACUUCUUCAUGCCUGGAUUCGCCCCGCUUUCCGCCAAGGGAACCGCCCAGUACAAGGCGCUGACCGUCGCCGAACUUACCCAGCAGAUGUUCGACGCCAAGAACAUGAUGGCCGCCUGCGACCCACGACACGGACGCUACCUCACCGUUGCGGCCAUGUUCCGUGGACGUAUGAGCAUGCGUGAGGUUGACGACCAGAUGAUGUCGGUGCAAAACAAGAACUCAUCCUACUUCGUCGAAUGGAUCCCGAACAACGUCAAGACGGCCGUUUGCGACAUCCCGCCCCGAGGGCUCAAGAUGGCCGCAACCUUCGUCGGAAACUCCACUGCCAUCCAGGAGCUUUUCAAGCGCAUCUCCGAGCAGUUCACUGCAAUGUUCCGGCGCAAGGCCUUCCUCCAUUGGUACACCGGCGAGGGCAUGGAUGAGAUGGAAUUCACCGAGGCCGAGUCGAACAUGAACGAUUUGGUUUCCGAGUAUCAGCAAUAUCAGGAGGCGACAGCCGAUGAUGAGGGUGGAGAGCUGGAUAUGGAUGCCACGAACCAAGAAUACGACCACGAA